AUGUAAAACAUUGUAUUAUUUAUUGAUAAUAAAUAUAGAUAUCAUUUAUAGAAUAAUUAGAUAUCAUUUCAUAAAAUAAUACCAAUUUAAAUAAUCCUAUAAAAAAAACUUUUUUAGAGCAAUUUUUUUAGUAAUAUGAUAUUUAUUUUAAAUAGAAUAUCUAUAAAAAUUAUAUAAAUUUAAAUAUUUUAAUACAAAUACACAAUAAAAAUAGAUAUCAAUUUAUAAUUAUAUAUAAGUGUUAAUAUUAAAAAGACAAAAGAGAAAAUUCCUUAUUUUAGAGUCAGCCUUAACUCACUGUUUUAGAAUACACUUUAUUUUGAGUAAAAUUCUUGA